UAUAAAACAUCUAUCUAAAAGGUGCAAAUGACGAACAAUUGCUCAGUUCUCCGUGUUGUUGUGUUGAGGCUACUCGAGUAAGGGAUAGGAGACCUCGCCAGGAAGUACUACUACACCAGGAUUGAUAGUAAAGCUAAAGGAAAUCUCUGUAACCACACUCUGCCUAUGCUGGAGGAACCAAGCCUUAAUAUACACCAGUCUUAAACAAGUUUCUUCACUGCUAAACUAUAUAUAACACUGUAAUAAAAGGACUCCUGCGCAUGCUUUAGAGGCAUACAAUGGCUGAAAGGGAUCCACAACCACAACAACCUCAACUGGUCACCAACCACACAGUCCCACCUCCUCCUCCUCUGGAAAGAAGCACAGAGUUGAAGAAACUGGAACCAGGGACCUCAAAAACAAUACUACAGAGCAAGGACUCGCGUAGGAUACUCAUCGACAUGGGGUUCUCCAAACAUAGAGCAGAGAAGGCUUUGACGGCUACUGGCGACUGUGGCAUACAAGUAGCAGCUGACUGGUUAUUGAGUCAUGUGUUUGAUCCAGAUUUAGACAAGAUCACUCCCAGGGAGUACAUAGUCUAUGCUUGCCCAGUGGGUGCGCUGGGGACUGCCAUUGAGGACUUCAUGGAGUCAGCCAUGAACCAAACCGGGAGGAACGGAGCACACAAAUCAUUUCCACACGUCACACUUUGUCAGUUCUUUAAAGUAGAGGAUUCCCUUGCCCCUUAUGUAGUCCACGCCCUCAAAACCAGUUUCACGUCAAUGAUUAAGGAUGCCCCAGCAGAGGUGAAGCUAAAGCGGUUUACCACUCAGGGCUACAUUGGUCUUUUCCUUGAGGACGACAUUGCCACUUGGUUCAGGGAAUUCACGAAAUCCUUUGCAGCCGAAGUAAAGCAACACGGAGUUACAGUAGAGCCUCAUCGUAGACAGCUACAUAUAACAAUGGCACACCAGUACCUACCAGAGCAUCACAAGACACUGGAAGACUUAGCGAUGUCACUAGUUGACCCAACACAGCCGGCAAAGUGGGAGAUUAGACUUUAUUCCAGGGACAUACGUCUAGCUACGUCAGAAGUGUACAAGGUGCUAUAUCCAUAUACUCCACGCAAAGAGGACGAGCUUGAACUGGUUGAAGAUGAUUACGUGUUUGUAGCUACUUCAGAUCAAGGAAGAACUGACAGUGAGGGCUGGUAUAUAGGUACCUCAUUCACCACAGGCUGCAGUGGCAUGUAUCCUGGAAAUUAUGUGGAGAAAGUGAAAGACUCAGACUGCUGGACACUACACAGAUCAUGGAUCAUGUCUAAUCCAGAGGAAGAGGAAGAAGUCAAGACUCCACCAAACGUACUGACUAAGAGUAUCUUUAAAGCUAGGAACUCAACGAUACGAAGAGAAGACCAGCAGUCAUACAGCAGCAGUGUUGGUCUCUUGCCAGAGAGGAAGAAUGUUGAGGAGUUAUACGCAAAAGUGAAGCCGAGAAAGAAGAGAAACGAAGAGUCACAGUCUCCAAACUCAUCGACAAACGGUCACUUGCACGAAGAGCCAGAGAGCCCCCCUGCCGUACCCCAGGGACCCCGUAGAGUCUUCAUAUUCCGACACGCAGAGAGAGUAGACGUCACGUUCGGUAAACAAUGGAUACAGCUCUCCUUUGACGCAGAAGGAUACUACAACAGGCGGAACUUAAACAUGCCCAAGGAGCUACCAAAGAGACGAGGAGGACCACAGGACUUCACGAAGGACUCACCAAUAACAGAGACUGGUCUAUUUCAGGCUAGACUGACUGGAGAGGGCAUGAGAGAGCAAGGUAUCAAGAUACAUCACGUGUUUGCCUCACCUGCUCUCCGCUGUAUACAAACCGCCAAUGCUUUUCUACAAGGAAUGGGGGACUUCCAUACUAAGAUAAAGAUAGAGAACGGCCUGUUUGAGUGGCUGGCCUGGUGUCACGGGGAGAUACCCUCUUUCAUGCACAGCGAAGAGAUACUCAAGUUUGGCCUCCAAAUUGAUCCGACCUACACCUCAAUGGUCUCCAUGAAGGACCUCAAACCGAACGAAACCCACUUAGAAUUUUAUAAGAGGAUGUACAACAUCACUCGACUCCUUCUCAAGAAUAUCGGGCCGUCGAGUGGCAAUGUCAUGAUCGUUGGACACGCUGCAACUCUUGAGGCUUGCUCAAGACAGCUCUGUGGAGGACAGCCACGCAACGCACAGGAACUAACUAAACUCGUACAGAAGAUACCUUACUGUGGGGUGGCAGUCUGCCAGGAGAGUGGGUCCGGUAGGAACAGUACGUGGGACUUUAUAGACCCACCAGUCCCACCUCUCACCCAUGCUCCUAAUAUUAGGUUCGAUUGGCGUUGCUUACAAUAAUAAUAAUAAUAAUAGUAAUAAUAAUAGUAAUAAUUAUGAUAGCAAUAAAAUAAUAUUGAUAAUGUAGUAUUGCUAUGUUGUUCUUGCGUGUAGUUGUUUUAUCUCUUCUAACUCUUUACUUUCAUUUCAAUUGUUAUAAUCAUCACAAUA